GCCGACACUUUGUAACGCCGCUCUUUCGUCGAUUGGGAAUACGUUGAUUGGCUGCUCUGCACGAAUCCUGUUGAUUUUUCAAAUAUGGUGGAACAAGGACAAGGAACAUCGGCGCUGACUUCCAAGCUGCUGGAACUUAUGCGGGUGACUGGAUAUCCUAUUGAGCAGAGGAACGGCCAGAGGAAGUUCGGACCGCCCCCAGACUGCAAAGGCUUCGUACCACCGAAAGGCUGCGAAGUCUUCAUUGGGAAGCUGCCCAGGGAGAUCUAUGAGGAUGAACUAGUCCCGAUCUUCUCUAAAAUUGGCAAGAUAUAUGAGAUGCGAUUAAUGAUGGACUUCUCCGGUUCCAACCGAGGGUAUGCUUUUGUGAAUUACAUGAGGAAGGAGGAUGCCGAUGAAGCGGUCAGGAAAUUGAAUGGAUUCGAGAUCAGACCCCUGCGAAAAAUCGGUGUCGUUAAAUCUGUGGAUAAUUGUCGCCUAUUCAUAGGCGGUAUACCGAAGACUAAAUCGAAGGCCGAAGUAUUUGAAGAACUUACGAAGCGGGUGCCCGGGAUCGUCGACGUGAUACUGUACAAGAAUUGUUUUGAUAAACGGCUUAACAGAGGUUUCGCUUUUGCUGAAUUUGAAACGCACAGAGCCGCCGCUAUGGCAAGACGAUCUCUCAUACCGGGGUGCGUAAAACUUUGGGAUCAUGAUGUGAUGGUUGAUUGGGCGGAACCCGAACCUUCUAUUGAGGAAGACUUAAUGAAAACGGUAAAAGUCCUGUAUGCCCGCAAUUUUCAGAUACGCACAACGCCAGAAACUAUACAAACGGUGUUUGAGACUGCUAUAGAUAACAAAGUCGAGAGAGUAAAAAAGAUAUAUGAUUAUGCUUUCAUUCAUUUCUAUCAACGUUCUCAUGCUGAGCUUGCUAUGACGAAAUUGCAGAAUACAGAAAUCGAUGGUAGCAAUAUUGAGAUAAAAUGGGCUAAGCCUGUAGAUAGGGAUUUGUAUAGGAUACAGAAACAGACUAAAGGCAAUGCUAAGUUUAACAACAGUCUUGGCCUUUCUCAAACACUUAUGCUCUAUAAACAGCAUGUGGAGAAACGAGCAUAUGAGGAUACACACAAGGAGGAUGAAGGCAUUGGCUCUGCUUGUGCCGGGGAGUCCUGUUGCUCUCCCAUGGGCGGUUGUCAGUAUGUGGCACCACAAGAAAACACUUACACAUUGGCUCCAGCUAAGCUUGAUGCCUUGUGCAAAAGGUACAUGUGGAUGCCACCAGUAUACACAUAUCAGAAGUAUCUAGAUGCUGCAGGUGCUGAGGUCUGGGUGUCCUGUGUUGAAUUGCCUGAAGUAGGCCAGCCAUUGUCAAUUGUGCCUCGGAAAAUUGGACCAUUGGUGACCAGACCUUGCUACUCUUUCCAGCAAGCAUAUGUUCAAGCUGCAGAGUUGGCACUACAGACUAUUAAGAUCUUGCAUUCGGAUGUUACUCAGCAGUCUGCCCCGCCUACAAUCCAGCCGGCCUACACAUCCGUCCUGUCCCCAAUCCCAAACUGCAUGGGAUACAGAUAUGAGUAUGCAAACCCCAUAUACCAUAGACAACCAAUGUCUGUUGCUCUGCCACCUGUCUGGAGAUCUAAUAUUUUGUAAAUCAACUUAAAAUAAAUUUCCAAAAACACC